CAGUAUUCGAUACAGACACAGCCUCUUCUGCUGAAACAAACAUCUCUUUCCAAUAUCAUGGGGUGAUAACAGAUGCCAUGCACAUGUUUAAAUCAACAUACGGGAGGUACAGUAUUUAAAGGUGAGUGUGUCUGUGUGUCUUUCUCUUUCGGACUGUGUUGAGAAGGAAGAAAAACCUGUGAUAGGUUCUACGUGAAAACCAACCUUGACCUUUAAUAAAGUCUAUAAUUUACCCUAAAGGUUUUGAAUCAACCAGCUCAGAACAAUCUCCUAAAAAUGAUUAAUCAUUUUUUCAUCCUUUUGAUUUACCUUUCUAAAUGCAGCUCAGAUAAUCCAGACAUCAUGACUAAGAAUCAUCUGAAGAUUGUUCAAGCUGGAGACAGUGUUAACUUCACCUGUAUUUUUCCAAAAGAGUCAAGAACCACUGUUGCCUGGGUCAAACAAAGAGCUGGAGAGAAACCCCUUUUAAUCACUUCAUCAUAUCAAGCAUUACCUGUCGUGUUUGAAAAUAACUUUGACAAACAUAAUCGCUUUUUUGUAGAAAAAGAUGACAGCCAUUUUAAUCUCAGCAUCACAAAUGUAAAAGAAUCAGACACUGCAACAUACUAUUGUGUUAAAUAUAUAUAUCAGUUCACAUUUGGGGAGAGCACUGAUCUCAUUGUUAAAGGCAGAUACUUGAACAUGCCGUCUGACCAUGAGAGAGCUGUGCUAGACCCAGUGCAUCCAGAGGACUCUGAAGUGGCGCUGCAGUGCACUGUCCUCACUCGGAGCUGUGCAGGAGAACACAACGUCUACUGGUUCAGACAUGAAUCUGGAGAAUCUCCUCCAGGAAUUAUAUUCACUCAGGAGCGCAGGAACGGUCAAUGUGAGAGGAGCUCUGAUGUGAACUCUACUGCACACAGAUGUAUCUACAGCCUGCCCAAGAGGAACCUCAGUCACUCUGAUGCUGGGAUUUACUACUGCGCUGUGGCCGCAUGUGGACAGAUACAGUUUGGAGAUGCAAGAAAACCUGACAUGCCAGGUUUUCCAACACCUUGGAUAAUUGCCCUGGUUUUAGGAACUUUAAAUUGUUUAUCAGUGAUUGUGAUCAUAUUUCUGGGUACAGAGUUGUACAAGCAGCGAAAAAAAGAUGGGACUCAGAAUAUUCAGGCUGGUCACUUAAUGGAUGAAGACAGAGAUGCUUUGAAUUAUGCUGCUUUGAGCUUUCAACAAAAGUCCAGCACCCCUAGAAGACCCAGAGAAAAAUAUACAAGAUAAUUCAAUGUAUGCACAUGAGAAAUUUAUGCAUUUUACAACAAGAAAUUCAGAUGAUAAAUGCCAUUUGGUGCACUUUGAUGUGGCGCAACAGAUCACUGUGUAAACUCCUCCGUUCAAGCGGCAGCGCGGUGAUCCCUUCCCUUUUUUACUACUAGUUUUAACAUGAAAUAAACAUGAAUGAACAUCUCA